AUGGCAAAGCUCACCAUCCUACUUGUGGCACUACUCCUUGCAGCCGCUACAGUCUCCACGGCCUAUGUUACCAUCAUCCCAGGGCCCAAAGCCAGGAGGAGCCGUUUCCUGCUAGCUAACAGGGCAGUCUAUAGCACGCCCUUGCCGUCGUACGACUGCUCCAAGAAAACGGUCGCCGUGUGCCUGGCGCCGGGCAGCCCCGGGCCGGCAUGCUGCGACGGGCAGUGCGUGGACACGGUGGCCAGCGCGGAUCACUGCGGAGGCUGCAACAAGAUCUGCAAGCACGGCCGCAUUUGCUGCGGCGGGCGCUGCGUCGAUCUGCUCGCCGACAAGGACAACUGCGGCAAGUGCUUCAACCAGUGCAACAACAAGUGCACCUACGGCUUCUGCGACUAUGCACAGUGA